ACAACGGCAACGAUGAGGGUCGCGUGAAGUAUCCAGCUUCCUACGAUCGUAACAUCAGCAACAACAGCAGCAGCACCGUGCUGGCCUCAUCACUGGACGAGAGACAAAGGCGGCCAUGGGAGAGUGGACGAUUCUGGAGCGACUGCUCGCUGCAGCCGUUCAACAGCACGCGACGAUGAUAGGGCGGAUCCUACUGACCGUGGUGGUCAUUUUCCGCAUCUUGAUCGUGGCCAUUGUCGGAGAAACCGUCUACGGUGACGAGCAGACCAUGUUCGUGUGUAACACUCUGCAGCCCGGCUGCAACCAGGUCUGCUACGACAAAACCUUCCCCAUCUCCCACCUCCGCUACUGGGUGUUUCAAAUCAUCAUGGUCUGCACGCCGAGCCUCUGCUUCAUCACCUACUCGGUGCACCAGUCCACCAAGCAGCGGGACCGAUUCUCGAUCCUCAACCCGCCCCUGAGCGAUGCGCGCGAGAGGCGCGUCUCCUCCACGCUGCACCAGACCCUGGAGGGGGCGCAGGAGCCGCGGGCUGGGCAGCUCUUCUCCGUGCUUCGCCCUCCCGCACUCGGUGAGGCCGAGCGGCGCUAUCGACCCAAGAAACGCGACUACAGCAGGACGUUCAGAACGAGGAUGAGGGCCGUCUUCGGCUGCCGCUCGGAGAGCCGCGGACACGGAGGAGGAGGCGACGGUGGUGGUGGUGGUGGUGGCCUGUCGCGGGAAACGAAUCCUCCGCCGGUGGCCACGAGGGAGAAAUACGGCAGAUUCUACAGACAGGAGAGCAUCUCUCGCUUUUACAUCCUGCAGGUUGUCCUGCGCAACGUGUUGGAGAUCGCAUUUCUCAUCGGGCAGUACUUCUUGUACGGCCUCUACGUACCAUCCGUGGUGGCGUGCGAGCGUCACCCAUGCAUCAGGCAGGUGGAGUGCUACGUGUCACGGCCCACCGAGAAGACGGUCUUUCUGCUCUUCAUGUUCGGCGUCAGCGGCUUGUGCUUGGUGCUCAACCUCGCAGAGCUCAACCAUCUGGGCUGGCGCAAGAUCAAGGGGGCCGUGCAGGGUGUCCGGACUCGCAAGACGUCGUUUUGGGAGAUUCGGCACAAGGACUUUGAGCAUGCAAUACGGACGCCUCGCUUCAGUCGCACGCACUCGAGCGAAUCUGCCUACGUCUGAUUACACAAAGCUCACAACGUCUCCCCACCCCGAAGUCAGAUUUCCCCUUUGCGCACUUGCCCUGGCACGAACCCGGUGCUGCACGCUUCUCCUGAGCCUGCACCAAAGCUU